CGGCACCAAGGGCUUUCCAUCCUCCACGCAGGAUAGAGGACCAGUUCUCACGCAUAGUGGUGAUCCGCUGUUCCUCUAGCAACAGACAACUCCUCCAGGGUAAAAAAAAAAGAAAAAAAAAAAAGAGAAGGCGCUGGUUUUGGUGACAGGCACCAGGCACCAUGCGCAAUGACUAACUCUGUGGUCGGACCAAAGCGCUGCACAGAAAUCUAGUCCGCAUCAUUCCCUGACAGCAUCUUUUGAAAGAGGCGAGAAAAGCGGAGCUGGAUUCCCAGUAUCUUUCUGUCGAUCCACCUCCAGCCUGCAGUUGUGCAGCAUGACUGACACCGUGGGUCCUGGCUCGGGUCGCUGGGUGUCCAACGACAGGCAGAGGACCGCACACCCAGGGGGCAGCUGGACUUUACAGCCGGGCCCUGGUCCUGGUCCAGACCUGACAGAUGAAGAGAAAGAGAUCAUAAACAAUGUAAUAGCCCGUGCUGAAAAAAUGGAGGCCAUGGAACAGGAGAGAAUUGGGCGUCUGAUAAACAGACUGGACGACAUGAAGAAGACUGUGUGCGGUGAUGGAUUAUCCCGCUGUUUGCUGUGCGGGGAGCAGUUUGGCUCACCUGGAGUCAGCUCGGUGGUGUGCGAGGACUGCAAAAAGAACAUGUGUACUAAGUGUGGCACCCAGUGUGGCAGCCGGCCUCGCGCUGUGUGGCUGUGCAAGAUAUGCAGAGAACAGCGAGAGGUGUGGAAGAGGUCUGGGGCCUGGUUCUUUAAAGGUUUUCCUAAACACUUCCUGCCAUCACCAAUGCCACUGUCCAAAGCUAUGGGGACAGGGGCGAAAGGGGCGAAAGGGGCGAAAGGGGCGGCAGAGCCUCAGAGGCCAGCAGCUUCAGAGCCCCAACCAAAACAACAAGGGGCUGAACAACACGGUCGUGGUGGCGGUGGCUACCCACCUGUUGCCCCUAAACCGGUUGUGCGAAUGGCGGCGGGUGGGGCUGGCGCUGAAGAGGCGGGGCAGAGCAGUCCAGCUGUGAUGAAGAAGAUGGUGCCCGUUCAGAGCUCCAGACCACAGCCCGCUGCUUCCACCACUAUGGCUCAGCCAGGAGACGGAGGUGCUUAUUCUGCUGGUGCAGCUCCCCCAGAGCAGAAAGCACCUCCUGCAGUCAGAGAGGAAAGAAGGCAGCCUGUUGCCUACAGUACCCCUCCCCCCCGCCAGCAACCUCCUCCAGCUGAAGAGGAGGAAGAGGCCAAUGACUAUGACUCUGAUGAAGCAACCACACUGGGCUCUCUUGAGUUCAGUCUUCUCUAUGAGCAGGAAAGUAACAGCCUCCACUGUAGCAUCCUCAAAGCAAAGGGACUGAAGCCCAUGGAUUCAAAUGGACUAGCAGAUCCUUAUGUGAAGCUUCAUCUGCUUCCAGGGGCUAGUAAGUCUAACAAGUUGCGCACAAAGACCUUGAGAAACACCCGCAACCCCGUGUGGAAUGAGACGCUCACCUACCACGGCCUGACAGAUGAGGACAUGCAGCGCAAGACCCUCAGGAUCUCUGUCUGUGAUGAAGACAAGUUUGGCCAUAAUGAGUUUAUUGGGGAAACCCGGGUGGCACUGAAGAAAAUGAAGAUGAAUCAGAAGAAAAACUUCAACAUCUGUCUGGAGAGAGUUGUUCCAGUGAGUGAACCGAUCAAAGCCAAAGCAAACGUCCUCCUUGGCCUAAUCUGUUUUGACCUUGAUUUGAUUUCGUUCUUCCUCACAGACAAAGAAAACAGCAGGAGCCGGAGCAUCCAGAGGGAUUUCACUCUACGAAGACGAGGCAAGCCAGGGAAAGAUGGCACAGAGGUAGAGGAGCGUGGUCGGAUUUUGAUGUCCCUCAUGUACAGCACCCAGCUGAAUCGUCUCAUUGUGGGCGUCGUGCGCUGUGUUCACCUGGCCGCCAUGGAUGCCAAUGGCUACUCUGACCCAUAUGUCAAAAUAUGUCUGAAACCUGACAUGGGAAAGAAGGGCAAGUCCAAAACACAAAUAAAGAAGAGGACUUUAAACCCUGAGUAUAACGAGGAAUUCAGCUAUGACAUAAAGCACAGUGAACUGGCCAAGAAGACCUUAGAUAUCUCUGUGUGGGAUUAUGACAUUGGAAAGGCCAACGAUUACAUAGGUGGGUGUCAGCUGGGUAUCACCGCCAAAGGGGAGAGACUGAAGCACUGGUAUGAGUGUCUGAAGAACAAGGACAAGAGGAUUGAGCGCUGGCACACCUUGUACAAUGAGAAUCAUGUUGCCAGUGAUUAACCACAAAGUGCUUGUAUGGGCUUUAAUAUGUGGAUAUGUUUUGCUUAAACAUAUCCACACUCAUCAGUUUGCAUUUAUAUCAUGAUGCACCUUUAACCAGUGGAGUCAUUUUUAUUUAUUAUUCCUAACCAACACAAAGGCAUUGCUCCUGUGUAUGCCUUCCCCUGAUUCAGCAUGUGUUCUUCCCUCCUUUUCAUGUGAGUAAUUUCUUUGCCUGUGCUGGCAAUGAAUGAGCCUCUGGCACGCGUUGUAAAAAUGAAUUUGAGAUUUCAUUAAACUAACAGAGACAUCUGUCACUGGACAGCUGCACAACAGCUCUUAUAGCUGUCAGAGAUGUUGCAAAGUGCGCUGAACGUGAUACAUUCAUCGAUAAACAAAAUCAAGUUUUAAUUGCACUGGCAAAAACUAAAACAAGCAAUAUGUUAUGGCAUCUUAGAUCAAGCCCAUAAUACAAACUCUCAAAACACUUGACCAAGCCCAUCUCUGAAAUUCUGUAGACUGUUAGAUUAUUAUUUGGACUUUCUUAUGAGAUUACAUCAUGCUUUAUGUGACAUGUAGAACUGUACGAGCAUGCUAGGCCACACAUGAAACUAAAUGCAGCUGCACCUUAGAAUAAAUCAGCUGUUGGAACACGUUGUAUAUUUCCAUGAUGAAAUGUUUACAAACUUAUACAUUGCUCAGGUUAGGACAAAUAUCUUAAAUAGCAGAUGAUUCAUACGUGAGUGGACCAUGAACGAGCGGACUCUUUAAUCAGCUGCUGUUUGUGGUUUGAAAACAUCAUAGCACAGCUAUAUAGUUUAACAGGAGUUUUACGUAUUGUUCUUAAAACUGUGGAAAUUCAAUUUUGUGGGAAAGUUAGAGUAUGCUUUUAGAUAAACUGAAAAAUAAAAGGCAAAGAUGACUCCCCUCCUUUAGUUUAUUUGCUGUGUUGCAGCCCUGGCAGGAAAAAAAAAAAGACUCCCCUCCUGCUACCUCUGCUCCUUCAAAGCUGGCGGUUCACUCUCACACCUCAGAGGUUUUCUACUGCAGUGUUUACAAUGAAUGCACACAGCCAGGUUUCUUACAGGUAUUCCCAACAAAUCUGGCGGCUUCAAAAGAAGUUGGAGAAAGUUAUGUAAAAGUCUGUGCAGCUUUACCUGCAUGCACUGUGCUCGUGACUCUCAUGUGCCUGGGGCAAUCAUGGCCCGCUUUUACCCCACAUACUCUUUGCACAAAGCAGGGCUUUUUCCCCUCUGCCACACCCUAGAGAUUCAGUGUGUGCUUCAGUGUGUGUUUGUUCACUAAUCACAGCAAACCGAGGAAAGCACACCUUACAGAGCGGAAUGACCUAAACCUAAACAGCUGUUUGCAAGUUAAUCCAACGUCAAAACAAAGAUGAAAAAACAAAAACAAAAAAAACCUAUGCAUGAAAUGUUUUGUGAUUCAAGAUAUAUAUACUUUGCAAGAAAUCGAUGCUAUUGUAAUUUAAUUAAUGUAUUUAUUCCCCGUAACAUUCCUGUUGAUAAUUUAUACACUGUACGAGAGGCCAUACUCUGCAUGACUAUGAUAACUGUGGUGUAAUCUGAAUUAACUGGUCGCUGAGCAUCCACAGGGUUUACAAAUAAUUAACUGAGCACAUCAACAUGAAGAGCUUGUCCAACUCGAUCGGUAGCAGACCAAGAUUCAUGAGAAUCUUUCCUAUGUCUUGUUCUCUCUGUGACGCCACUAUGCCUCUGAGUGGCUGAUAUUCAGACACCCACCCGUCCAAUGCUGUGCUACAUCAGCUACUGUGAUCAUCACAAAAUGAUUAUCAAUUGUUGUUGGAAAAAAAGCCUCCUGUGAGCUAAACUCAAAACUGUCUUCUACUCGAUUCUGCCAGUUCAGUGGAAUGUUAAUGAAGCUCUGUACUUGUACAUAGAUAGUGCAUGCCGUUGAAAUAUGUACGUUUGCAAAUAACUUUGCAUGUAAACAUUUUUGCAGAGUUUACACAGACAAAUAAAAUAAUGAAAGCUGA